AACUGAAGUUGAAUUUCAUUAAUAUAUAAACGGAUUGUUCCUGGACUCAAUUCCCCUUUUUUUAUUCUUCAUUACCACAUCAUCUUCUAUUAUAGCAUGUCUUCCUUCUCUCGCAUUACUCUCUUUUUCGCUACUGUCUUCAUUGCUUGUGCAUGCAUUGUCUCUGCUGCCCCCAUUACUACCACAACCACCAGUACCACUUCUACCACUAUUCUUCUUGAAACUCCUACUGCUGUUCCAUCCGGUACUGUCAAAUCUUUCAAAAAGUCUACAUCUUCCUCUUCUGGUAGCUACUCUGGUGAUGCCACUUAUUAUACUCCUGGUUUAGGUAGCUGUGGCGGGGAAAACUCUGAUUCUGAUAUGAUUGCUGCAUUGAACCAUGUUCAAAUGUCCAAUGGUGCCAACUCCAACAACAACCCCAACUGUGGUCGUAGUAUCAGUAUUAAAGGCCCUAAUGGCUCUGUAACUGUAAAGAUUGUUGAUACCUGUCCUGGAUGUGCUAGUGGUGAUAUUGAUAUGUCUCCUGCUGCUUUUGCAAAGAUUGCUGAUCUUGCCGAUGGUCGUGUUCCCAUUAGCUGGUCUUGGAACUAAACAAACAACUGUAACUUGUUUCUCUGGUAGAACAACAUCAUAUUUAGAUUAUCUUGGCUCGAUGCUAAUAUUCAUUUUGUUCAUUUAUCCCCCCUCCUCAAUUGUAUACAUUAUCAUUAUUUCUUUUAUGGGCCGGUUUCCAUCACUUUGUGUUUAAAUAAAUAAAAAGCCAUUUCUUAACAAA